CGCGUCGGCUGCGGGUGACGUCACUGCCGCUCGCCGAGGUGUGUUGGCGCACGAGGAGAAGCGGCAGCAUGGAUCCAGCUACCGAGUUUCCUGUGGAUCAAGUGCAGGUGAGAAGAGGUGGCCGCCGCUUUGGCGGGGAGGGGGAAGGAAUGCAGCACUUGGGGGCUUCUCUCCGGCGUGGCGCUCGCUGCAGCGGAGGCAGCCGCUGGGCUUUCCGCGGCACGAACGGGCGCCUCUCGGUUUUGAUUCGGAGUCUGGCGGGGUGGCGAUCAACGGGUGCUGGAGUAGGACUGAGGGGAGCUGGCAUCAAGAUCUGACCGCGCCGGAUUUACGCAUAAACUAAACAAGCUAUAGCUUAGGGCCCCACUCUCUUGGGGGAUCCCAAAAUAAUUAAAAGUGUGGGGGGGAACCUGGAUGUACAUUUCCAAAAUAUAAGAUAAAAUACAAAUAAAACCUACAGACAGCAACAGUGUUUUGUGUUGUGUAGGCUCCUGUGAUGUAAGUCAUGGACCCUGCCUGCUAGCCUGCUCCCUAAAAUAUCACUGGUUUGCUCAUUUCUGCAUGUAGGGUGCCUACAUUCUGCAUGGUCUGGUUACAUGGCAACAUAUAAACAUUACCUUCAGUAGCUUAGGGCCUUAUCAAACCUAAAUCCGGCCCUGGUGAAGUUCAGCAGGGCCAGGCCCUCUCAGCCUAGCCCUAAAUGGGGGGGGGGGAUUUAGAGGGGGAAGAGGAGAGGAGAGAGAACAGCCAGAUGUGACUUCGAAUCCUGUAGGAAAGAAACCCGACUGCUAAGUAACUUUUAAACAACUUGGAACUGUUUGCAAAGGACAGCCCCUGCUUUCUUAUACCAGCUCAGAAAAGGGCAACCAAAAAUAUAGAGGGAUGGAUCAAAACCCUUAUGAGGACAGGUUGCAGCUCUGGGGCCUUUUUAGGUUAGAGAAAAGGUGAGUAAAAGGUGGCAUAAUAGAAGUUUGUAAGACUAUGCAUGACAUGGAGGAAGGUGUGAAGCAGUUACUUUGCUGCUUGUAUGCCAAUGUGUUGGCCUAGAUUAGGGGUUGAAAACCUGUGGGCCCUCCAGAUCUUGCUGGACUCCAACUCGCGUCAGUCCCAGGCAGCAUGGGUGAUGGGAGUUGGAGUCCAUCAACAUCUGGAGGGCCACAGGUUUCCCAUCCCUACACUAGAUGGAGGUGAAGGAUUGAGCUAAUUGUAAAUUAUGCUUAAUGCCGCUAUGUAUUUUUGUAGACAAAACACUUGCUCUUUAAUAAUGGGUUGGCUGGGGAUUAGUUAUCUGUAUGGUUGGUUGGAAUGCCUAGAGUGGUGCUUGGAUGUGGAGUACUUUAUUGCUAAGGAUGCAUUUUGGAGAGGUUGCUGUAUCAGGAAGGGGAGUGAGGGUGUAGUUUCUGUAUCAGAAAUUUUGUUUAGUUACGAAUCAUGCUGUUUUGUGGAGUUCAUCUGUGUUAUAAGAAUUCAAAGGUCUCGGAUAUAGAACCAUGUGUCUAAAAUAGUACAGGAGAGCAAUUCUGAAGCUAUUUUGACUCUCCCCAAAGUACCUCAAAUAUUUUUCUGCAGUAGGAGGAUGGGGAAAACUUUCCAAUUUUUCUUUUCACUUGCAAAUCCUCCCUGCAAACCCAGUCUGGCAAGUAUCUUGGAAGGUGAACAAAUUAUCAGCAGGCGUAAUUUUUUUAAAAAAGAGUCAGGAAAGAAGUAUUUGCAGCCUGAAAGUAAUGGCUGGGCUACCCAGACAAAUGCAAUCAGAAAGGCUUCAUCGGGUACCUUGAUAGACAGGAGAGAAGUUGCACUCACAGUACUGCUGGAGACUACCUCCUUCUGUGAUGUUUCUAUGAUGUUUUUGGGGUGGUUUUGGGCUAAGGGGUGGGCAGUUUCAAAAGUCUUUAUAGGGGCUUGCACACCCUUGUUUUGGGUCUCUCACACCUUCUUGCAAGGGGACGGGGACUCUGUUGCAACCAGACAAAAAAGAUCUGCCUUGCUUUCUACUGGAUCCUUGCCUCCAUCCAUUCAUCUCUGACCAAUCAUGGACUUAGGAGACUCAGUGCCUUGGGGAAUUGGGCAGCAAUAGCCAACCCCACAUUUUCUAUAACAUCUGUAAUGCUUCAUUUGAGGUUUCAGCUGAGGUUAUUACCUGCUUUGAGAUUAUCAUUUUUUUUUAAUGAGACCUUCUUGUGGAUUUGCUCUUUCAGAUUAAAAAAGCAGCCCAGGCCCUCCUUGCAUUCAGCGCCAGUAAGCAAAAAAAGGCAGAGAAGCUGCUGUUGAAUGAGGACCAGCAUGUAUUUCUGAUGGUCACUGUUUGGAAAAUCCCUCCACGUGAUCAAGUCAUCAAAAUGUAAGGCUCUGGGUUUUGCUGCUCUGCUGUAAUGUCUUUGACCAUGAAUGCCUUUUGCUUCAGUUGUAUUCAUUAUUGUCAAUCAUUCCCUCUGUUUCCAAUGGCCAGGCUGUGAGUGACAUCACUUAUAUAGCCGAAAUGACACUACCCACAUUCAAGCAAGCUUUGACCUGGGAGGCCAGGGUUCAAGUCCCCACUCAGCUGUGAAGGUCACUUUGUGAUCUUGGGCCAGCCACUGCCUCUCAGCCUUACCUACCUUUUCAAUAUAAUUGAGAAAAUAAAAUAAAAACAUAAUUAGAAUCAUGUAAAAAAAAUAAUCAGAACUGUAACAUGCCUUCACAGCUUAUCUGUGUUAACUGAUUAAAUAAUCUAUUUUCCUUUUUUGAGCUUGGACUCCAGCUGGAAACUACUGUGCAUUCUUAAAAUCUUGUUCUCUUUAUUCUAGAACACUGCCUCAUGAUAUUUUGCCGGCCACAUCAGAUGUUUGCCUCUUCACAAAAGAUGAGCCAGGCUUAACAGCUGAGCAGACUGAGAACUUGUACAGGAAACUCUUGUCCCAGCAUGGGAUCACAAGGAUUAGCGAGGUACAGAGGGAACUCUGAGCUUCAUCAGUUGGUUUAGCCUGACUUACGAAUGCAGCCUAAGGCCUCAUCUUAGAAAUGUCAGUGAUUUAAGUGAUAUAUAAGUACCCUAAAUCUGGGGAACCUUUGGCCCUGCAGAUGUUGCUGAGCUAAAUCUCCCAUCAGUCCUAGCAGGCAUGGUUACUAGAGUUGUUCUCCUGUCACAUCUGACAGGCCAAAGGUUCCCCACAACUGAGUUAAAGUAUUUAUAUACCAUGUAGUAAUCUGCCUCAUAUUGGUUUGCAUCCAUGUCAUGUUAUGCUUUAUUGUACAUUUCAUUUUGAAAAUGCUCUUCACUGCUUUAGAUCUAAAGCGGCAUAUAAAAUACAUUGGAAUCAUCAUGAUCUAUGUCAUUUUAUGUUCUUUCAAUUUCUAUUUUAUUGUUUCAAUAUUCUGUUUUUCAGUUGGGGCUCUUUGAAUCUAAAGUGCUGUAUAAAUAAAUAAACUGUAAUCAUCAUUAUUUUAUCUUUUAAUUAAAUGCUGUAGUGUAAUCUAACCAACCUCACCCCUGUAUCUGAAGGUCAUCUCCUACAAAACACUGAAAAAAGAAUAUAAACCUUACGAAGCAAAGCGUCGCCUCCUGAGUCGAUUUUCUCUCUUUUUGGCUGAUGACCGGAUUCGGCGGCUUCUGCCAUCGCACAUAGGGAAACACUUCUAUAGGAGUAAAAAGUAAGUACCCUCACUUGUCCAUGUUUCAUUUCUACCAAAUUCUACUAAGGAUGCUGAACUCUUCCUGAAAUAUUGCGUUUUUCUAUCAUAUAAGGGCUCCUGUGUCUGUGAAUCUGAAAGCGAAGGACCUCUCUAAGGAAAUAAACAAGCAUCUCCAAGGCACUAUUCUUCCAGUCACAAACAAGGGCUGUUGCUAGUAAGUAUUAAUUUUGAUACUUAACUAUCAUCAACCAGGCUAUGAAUUUAUUUACUGGCUGCAUUUAUGCAUUGCUUCUCAGGCAUUUCAGACAUUUUACAACAUGAUGCUAACCCAAAGACAUUCCAAAAGACAAAGGGGAAUAUUCAGCCAAUUUUUACUCCACAUACACUCUUUGAAAUUAAUGGGCCUGACUCAGUCCUGUUUGUUAAUUUCAGUGGGUCUGCUCUGCGUAAAAUUUAGUUGACUACCACCCAUGCUAAUAAAGGAGCAGACUUGUCUCAGGCUAUUCAUGGUAUUUCUUCUUGAACCUAAAGGUGGUAUAUAAAUUAUUUUAUUAUUGGUAACCACAGUUGACUCGCAACUUGUGCAUAUUUAACUUGCACAAUCGCAGCCUUAUGGGCUUGGCAGUUGGCCAUCUGAAAUUGCACAGAUUAAACGCACACAAGCUAGACAGCUUAACGGUUCUUUCAGGGUGGAAAGAGCUUUCAGGCUUUCUUACUGAGCUCUGAGACUCCCAGUUGCCAAGAAGGAUAACAACAGGAGGGCUCAAAGAAGGAACUUUUGGGAACUCAAGGCAGUAGAAACAUAAGAAGAUUGAACUGAACUUGAAGCAUGGGAAGCCCCAACAAAAAUUUAUAAUUUGGCAAAAUAUUUGGACUUUAUGAUAUGUAUUUGUAUAAUUUGGAAUAUUUAAUGUGAUUUGAUUGGAUUGUUAAAAUGGAAAACUUAAUAAAAAUAUUAUAUUAAAAAAGAGAGACUCCCAGUUGCCAGUAAGUGAGGCCCGCUCAGCGCACCGACUUCAGAAAGGUAGGGGGUGGUCGUGGGUGGGGGGCAGUUCCGGGGUUCUCUUGGCUAUAUGCGAUUUCGGCUUUACAGUCUCCCAGUGAGUUGCAAGUUGACUGUGUUAUCAUUAUCAUUAUGUGCUUUGUAGUUCUUCACCCUGGUAUUUAUUUUAAGAAAGAUGUCAUGGACUGGCUUGGAUGCAGAGGAGAGGUGGGAGACACCAAGCUGGAGAAUCCUCAGGGAAAGAAGGCUCAGAGCCAGGGAACUGGUGGUGGGAUGAUGAUGAGUGGUCAGAGGGAGCAGACUGGGAGGAGGAGGAGAAGGAGGUGUCAGAAGCUGAAGAGGCAACAAGGUUUAGUGAGCAGGGAGAGACCGUGGCAGAGAGCAAUCCAGAACCAUAAGCACCAAGGUGGAACCUGUUCAAGGGCAGCUUUCCUCUGAGGAAUGCUGGGAAAUACAGACAGGAAAGGGCUGUUGUGUUCAUGCCCUGCUUCUCAGUUUCCCAGAGGCCACUGUAAGACACGGGAUACUAGACUAGAUGGGCCUUCAAUCUGAUCCUCCAGGGCAGGUGGUGGGGAGCCUCCAGCCCACAGGCUGAACCUGCCCCACCUGGCCUCCACAUUUGGCCCACAAGACCAUUCCCCCAAAGUCCGCACCACCCUGUUUUAGAGGUAAAGAACAGACAGCUGAAGGACUGCCAUUCAGCAGGGUAUUGACUCCAGAUGUUGCUCUCUUUUUUCAGUUCUAUACGUGUUGGUCACAGUGGCAUGGAGGCUUCGGAGAUCUCUGAAAACGUCGUUGCUGCCGUGAAAGUGUUAGCCACGAAAGCCCCCCAGGUAAUGAUGCUCAGUUAGGUGAGGGGUUAAGGCAUCUCUUCUGCACACUCAUCCAGAAGUAAAUCCCAUUAAUCUUGGUGGGGCUUAUUUCCAAGUAAAUAUGCAUGGAAUUGGGCCAUCCAUCUUUUUAUUAAAAGCGGUUUGCUUUGUGUCUGCCCUCUUUCAAUAACCUCCUUUUCUUUCUUUUUUAAAAUAAAAACAACAACACACAAUUGCUGCAGAUCUGGAAAAGUGUUAAGAUCCUUCAUCUCAAGAUGAGCAAAUCUGUUGCUCUUCCGAUCUUUACCUGUAGUAAUCCCAUAAAAGGAAUUCCUCAGAAACAGCCAGAUGCCGAAGUUGAACAGGUAGGAGACUGACUCAUGCAUACAUAGUGGGCGCUUUCAGCAAGAGUGGUCCUCCUGGCUGGUUAAAUAACUACAGCUAUUUAGUAUUUUGUAACUUCUGCAUGUCUGAAGAGGCUUAAACAAAAUGUUUUAAGUAGGCACGGGAAAGAGAGCUGUAAAGGUCAAUAGACGGGGAGUUCCAAAAUGUAGGUGUGGAUUUACGACUGCAGAAUGAGUAUUGGGUUCCACAGAUCAAAGCAGUCGAAUAGGCACAUUUGGGAAUUGUAGUUCUACUAUUCGGAGGGUGCUGGGUUGGCUGUAUGUGGAACUAGAGGGAAGAUCCAAAAACGUUCUGGGAAAUGUGCAUUGGUACAUGGUGUGUACCCAUUUGUCUGUUUUGGUGUGGUCUUUUGAUGAAGGCGCUAAGGAAAUUAAUAAAUACCUUCCAGGAAAACCAAGCGAAGAAGAAGAAAAAGAAAGGGAAAAAGACAGCUGGAAAGAAGAACUUGGCUAAAGCCGGGGCGACAGGAGAAAUCAGCCAGGUUCCUGCCAUUGCUGGGGGAAAGAAGGCAGCAGCAGCAGCAGUCUCUGCCGUUGUCAAAGCGGAAGAAGAUGAGGAUGGAGACAUUCCACAGCUGGUUCCAAUCGAAGCAUCUCCCGGUGUGAAAAAUGAGAAGGUAAACCAAUCUUGUUCUGGCUGAGUUACAAUUGGAGCUUCAACUUGACAGAAGAUUCUGUUCCAGAUACCUUGCAGGGCUGUCCACACGGUAUGCUGAACACAGGCACAAGCUGUGGGUGUGUUUGUGUGAAUUAUUUGUAUGCACAGGGACACAGGUUGUACUCUCAUGGAAUGGAAUGUGAGGGUUUCUGUGUGGUCGUUUUGCCACCCUCAGAAGCAGGGGGGACGGUAGGCCAGGAAAGGGGUUUCUUCAUGGCAGCCUCUAAAUUGUGGAACUCUAUCCCCUCAAAGGUGAAUUUGGUUAUCUUCACUCUACAGUUUUUUCCCAUAUGCGGAAGAGACACCUCUUUACCCUUGCCUUUGACGGAGUUAAUGUGGGGUUUUUUGGGGGGGGGGACUCCACCUCUUUGGUUAAUUCACGGUUUCAUUUCAUCAGGAACCGUUUUACUUGUUUUUACCAUUUUGAUGGUUUUAUCCAUUUCUAGAUAAAACUUCUGUAACCCACCCCGGGAUCUUACAGUGAAGGGUGGGUUAUGAAUCUUGUAAAAUAAAUGAAAUAUAAUACAUAACUUACUUAAGAAAAUAGGCAAAUACAUUUUAAUAAGAGUGCACUAGACGAAAAAGCAUUUACACUGCUUCGUGAAAGGUGAUCAUUGUAUCUGCAAAGGACAGAAAAUGUUGAAAAGGAAAGCGACAAACUGGCAGGGGAUCUUUUGCUUGAGAUUUGGAAGAAAGGAAGCAGAGAUUAUUAUUUUUUGCUUGAUAGGUGAACAAAAUCCAAUGAUGAUGUUCAGGUGCAGUUUGUGCCAGACAGGAAUAAUAAUAAUAAUUAUUACUUUAUUUAUAUUUCACUCUUCUGACUCUUCUGCCCCAGCCACUCUGGGUGGCUUCCAGUAUAUGCAAAAACAUAAUAAGACAUUAAACACUAAAAACCUCCUGAUACAGGACUGCCUUCAGAUGUCUUCUAAAGGUUGUAUCUCCUUGAUAUCUGAUGAGAGGGCAUUCCACACAGCGGGCGCCACUACCAAGAAGCCCCUCUGUGCUUCUCUGUAACCUCACUUCUCACAGUGAGGGAGCUGCCAGAAGGCCCUCAGACUUGGAUCUUAGGGUUUGGGCUGAACAAUGGGGGUGGAAACGCUGCUUCAGGUAUACAGCACCAAGGCCGUUUAGGGCUUUAAAAGUAAGAGCCAACACUAGCUUUUAUUCUCAGUGACAUUUGGUAGCGAGUGGGGAGAAGAAUAAAAUCUUUCUAUUUUCAACACAUAUCAUGGUGAACAAAAACAGGUGAGUUCGUACAUCGAACUACUGUGUGUUCCGAAUUCCGCUCAUCAUCGCUCCCAUCAUCAUUUUUUAAAAGGAAAAAGUCUGUUGACUCCUGAUGAGUGCCUUUAUUCUCUUGCUUUCCCUCUUCAAUAUAGGUGCUAGAGCCUAGUCCUGCCACAGGAAAAGAAAUCAAAGCAGGCAAAAAAGCUGCAGCAACUCUAACUCUCCUUGGCAAGAGGAAGACAUCCCCGUCUCCAGGAACACAACUGAAAACACCUGGAGUUGGAUCGAAAUUGCUCGGACGAGACAAGAAACCCAAGACCCGAAGCUAAAACGUUUUGGAGGAGGAGCAGACAAAGACCCCAAAGAAGACAGAAGCAAAGUCUUCUGUGACCAUUAAACCAGGGAAAUUGGUCAAGUCUGCCAGGAAAGGUCCUUAAACUUGGGGAAAGGAAGGUGCCGCAGUCAACAUGACCAGCGUUGCAGCACAUUGUCAAGUUGCUUUCCUAAACAUAGGGUUGUAGCCACCAAAGUUGUCCUGUUAGCACAAGGAGUUGUCUGCUCACUCUUCUGUCCUCCCGUGUGCCCAACCCCACCUCCUUCCAAACCCUCUGGAGCAGAUGUGGGGAGCGCAAGGAGAGAGGGGAGAUGUUCUGUGUCCCAACUGGAUGUCCUUGCACCAAUAGGAUGACUUUGUUGAGUACAACUUGUAAAAGUCAAUGGAGUUCAGCAGAAAAGUCACCUUGAGAACAGGGUGGCUAUAGAGAGCCAGCAUUUUUCUUAGCAAUCUGUAAUCUUGUUUCUAACCGCUAAUACAGACCUGUGUUAUUCAGAUCUAUAUAAAGUCAGACUUUCCUUUUAUGACAUGUGC